UGUGGUCUAUGGGUUCAGCAAAAUAGUCAGAGAUGGCUACGUGUGUUCGAAUUGAGAAUUCACUUGUCAUUCUGUGCUAACUUCAUCGAAAUGUGAGAUACACUCAACCUCUAGUAUACGGAAUCCUCGAAAGUGAAAAAGAGUAGAGUCACUGUAAAAGUAAACGCUAUUUUUAAGUAGUUUUACACGAUAAAAAUAUGGGGUCUCGUUACGAUCGAGCAAUUACGGUAUUUUCACCUGACGGUCACUUAUUGCAGGUUGAAUAUGCCCAAGAAGCAGUGAAAAAGGGAUCAACAGCGGUUGGCGUUCGCGGCAACGAUGUUGUUGUAUUGGGUGUGGAGAAAAAAUCAGUGGCCAAACUUCAAGAGGAACGAACAGUUCGAAAAAUAUGUCUCCUGGAUGAACACGUUGUGAUGGCUUUCGCAGGUUUAACCGCUGAUGCAAGAGUAUUAAUAAAUCGAGCACAAAUUGAAUGCCAGAGUCACAAGUUAACUGUUGAGGACCCUGUGACUUUGGAAUAUAUCACACGAUUCGUAGCAGGGUUGAAGCAAAAAUACACUCAAAGCAAUGGCCGCAGACCUUUUGGAAUAUCGUGCUUAUUGGCAGGUUUUGAUUAUGAUGGUGUACCUCACUUGUACCAAACUGAUCCAUCUGGAACUUAUUUUGAAUGGAAGGCUAACGCUACAGGACGCAGUGCCACAACAGUCCGUGAAUUCCUUGAGAAGUAUUACUCUCCUGAAGAAGUAACAACUGAGAAAGGUACCAUGAAACUUGCCAUUCGAGCGCUGCUAGAAGUUGUCCAGUCUGGACAAAAGAAUUUAGAGAUAGCUGUAAUGCGCCGUGGUCAGCCGUUGCAGAUGCUGGAUGUUGAAACAAUUGGUGAAUACGUUACAGAAAUUGAAAAAGAAAAAGAGGCUGAAGCUGAGAAAAAGAAACAGAAAAAGUAACACUAAUUAUCUGUUUCUCUGAGAGGAAUGGCUAGCCAUAGAAUAGUCACAGAAGUCAGACAACUCUACUUUGCUGCUCAUGUUGACGACUGAAAUGGAAUUUAUUCAAUUUAAUACAUAUGAGCAAAUGAAACAUGUUAAUUGUGUAUAACGUAACAGUUCCGAAGCAAACCUUGAAUCGCACUUGUCAUUGAAAUUCAACUCUUUCGUGGCUUCGUUGACACCGAAUUUUAUACUUGAUACCCAAACUCCGAUGCUACCUGAAAAUAUUUUCAAUCUUGUAAUCUGCAACCGCAGCCAAAGUAGCAAAAAAAAAAAAAAAUUGCACUGUUG